CCUUGUGGGGAACAAAAACAUUGUUGGUUUCCUGGACUCCAGCAUCACAGCAGUAGGAUCAGGAGAUGUUUGGGAAGUUCUCAUAUUGAUGGACUUCUGUCGAGGUGGGCAGGUUGUGAACCUGAUGAACCAGUGCUUGCAGACUGGAUUCAGUGAGACGGAGGUGCUGCAGAUCUUCUGUGACACAUGUGAAGCUGUCGCUCGACUACAUCAGUGCAAAACUCCCAUCAUCCACCGGGACCUCAAGGUGGAGAACAUCUUACUGCAUGACAGAGGACAUUAUGUGUUGUGUGACUUUGGCAGUGCCAUUAACCGCUCCCAGAACCCACAAACAGAAGGUGUGGCGGCUGUAGAAGAAGAAAUCAAGAAGUACACUACGCUUUCAUACCGGGCCCCAGAAAUGGUGAAUCUAUAUGGGGGCAAAGUUAUCACUACUAAAGCAGAUAUAUGGGCUUUGGGCUGCUUGUUGUAUAAGUUGUGUUACUUCACUUUGCCGUUUGGAGAGAGUCAGGUGGCCAUCUGUGACGGGAGCUUCACCAUCCCAGACAACUCCCGCUACUCACACGACAUGCACUGUCUCGUCCGUUACAUGCUGGAGCCAGACCCUGACAUAAGGCCAGAUAUCUACCAGGUGUCAUAUUUCGCCUUUAAACUGGCACGGAAAGAAUGCCCAGUACAGAAUAUCCACAAUUCACCCAUUCCAGCAAAACUCCCAGAGCCAAUCAGAGCCAGUGAAGCCGUGGCUAAGAAGAGUCAAAACAAAGCCAGGCUCUCUGAUCCAAUCCCUACGACUGAGACAUCCAUAGCGCCACGGCAGCGUCCCAAGGCUGGCCAAGCUCAACCAAUCGCAGGCAUCCUGCCCAUCCAACCAGCCCUCACCCCACGGAAAAGAGCCAGUGCACCUGCAGGACCCAGCCAGCCAAUCAGUGUUAACAUGGCUUCCCAGCCUGUUGCCCAAUCGCAGGUUCCUGUCACUCAGCAACAAGCCACUCCCUCUCCACCCCAGCACGCACAACUUUUUGUGCAGCAGCAAAAUACAGCCUUCUUUUCUGCUCAACAACAGCAGCAUCACUCAACGCAGACCUCCGUCUUACCUGCACAAACGGUUGCAUCAUCCUCCACUCCUGUUUCUACACAGUCUAAACCUAAGAACAGGGCUCCCCCUCCACCCAUACACCACCCUCAAACCAACCGCCUGACAACAUUAUCAGCAACCGCACAGACAAAAAACAAAGCGACGGCCUCAGCUCCGCCUGCAGAGUGUUCACAUAGUAAUAGUGUAGAUGGAGAUAUCACUGCGACCGUGUCUGCCCAACCUAAAACCAAAGCUAUGGCACCUCCGCCCCCCGCAUCACACGCCUCCACCCUUCCUCCGCCUAAAUCCACCUCAGCACCAUCCACUGACUCUGAAGUGGACCCAGAGCAGAGGUCUGUCGGCGGAAGUCGUGGGGUGCAUAAAGUCGGCUCCUUGACUCCACCCUCUUCUCCCAAGACCGCCCCUAAAGGAGGCCACAGGCGAAUUCUGAGCGAUGUCACACACAGCACCAUAUUUGGAGUUCCUGUGAGCAAGUCCACUCAACUGCUUCAAGCUGCUGCUGCAGAGGCCAGCCUUAACAAGUCUAAGUCAGCUAGCACCACUCCCUCUGGUUCUCCAUGUUCAUCACAGCAGAGUGUUUAUCAGUCAGGGGAGGCUUCGGGACCCUCGGCUGGAGCCACAGCAUCCUGGAACCCCUUUGGCGAUGACAAUUUCUCUAAACUCACAGCAGAAGAGCUGCUCAACAAGGAUUUUGCCAAACUGGAUGCUAAGACAGCAGAGAGACCCUGUCCUGAAAAUCUGAUUUCUGGGUUGCAGUCUGUAUCUUCCAAUAAAGGCUUUCUCCAGGGAGAAGAGAAGUUGAUCGAGGGUUUGAAGUCUCCAGAGCCCUCUUCCUCCCUGAUCCUCCCUGACCUUCCCUUGAAUGACCCCUUCAGCCCUGCAGACUGUAGUCAUGCUGGGAUGGAUUCUCUGAUCCCUGGUCUGGAUCCUCUACAGACUGAUCCUGGGUCAGCUGCAAUACCAGACUCUUUGGUUGGACAGGAUUCUCUUUUGGAUGGGCCGCUUCUCUCCCCCCCCUCCACUGGGGGUCUAAUACUGGCCUCAUCCCCCUCAUCUCUCCCUGCACCAUCUAUGGACCAGUUCACUACUACUGCUUUGAGCAGUGGACAGUACCACCAGGCCUCUGAUCCAGCUCACCCGCUCUCAGUCGUCCAGUCCUCUGAGACUUGGGACCAAAGCGCAGAUAACCAGUUUGACCCAAUUCCAGUGCUUAUCUCCAAAAGCUCCAGCCAAGAAGCCAGAGGCAAGAGUGAUGGAUAUGGAUCGCUUUUGGAGGGAGGUGACCUCGAGAACCCUGUGGAGGAGGGCUGUCUUCAUUCCAGCGAUGAAGACGAUGGAGAACAAGAAGGGGGGAGGUCACAGGUGAGCGGCGAAGAAACGCCAAGUCUGGACUGCAGUGGCUCCAGACCGUUACUUCAAGACUCGGAUGACGAUGACGACCAAAGUCAAGCGUCUGCCAGAAACCACCAGAUGUCUUCCCAAUCCGAGGAACCAGUUGAAAACCAGUCCUCUUUGGUUUCUCAGAGCCACUCGCCACAGCUGGUGUCACAAGCCCAACAUUCAGGCGCAGAUCCAAGCGUCGACGUCUUCUCCAAAGCUCCGUUUCGAAUCGGAGAAGACGUAGACGGCGAUGGGGACGUGUUCGCCAAUGCGCCGUUUCCUCGCCUUCCAGCUCAGCCUCGACAGCCUGAUAUUUUCCUCCAGGCGCCCUUUGGUAUGAAGAAGGAAGCUUCUGGAAAGGUUUACAGCAAUCCGGCGGCCCAGCCGAGAUUUUCUUCCCUUGACCAGAGCAUCCUCGGCCAAGUGACCCCUCUGGCCUUUCGCCCCCAGGCACUUUCUAAGUAUUCCAGACACUACGAAGGACCUGUGAACACAGACCCUGAACACAGACCGAGCGCUGUGACUUCUGAUGGGACUUCCUCUGACCCCUUCGUCUCGGCGCCCUUCCACCUUAAAGGCCGUCAAGAUAAACGCUGAGAGAACAGCAUCUGUGAAACCGCACCGUACUACUUUUGCCCCCUAAAAGAUUCAAGCUUAACAUAAUGAAAUGCUGUAUACUGAGUGUAAUUUAUUAAAGAAUGAAGCACAUUUAUGGCCUCUGGCUGUCUAUCUCUGGGUCAGCGUUUGAUUGUGUGACAUCUUUUGCUACCUCAGAUCAUGCUUCAUUUCUGUCCUGUGUUUGUACCACGUCCACAGAAAACUGAUUCAGCGUGUUGGAUCGUUUUCUAUUAUGAGCAUGAGCUUCAAGAAUUAUUUCCACUAUUAUGAAAUGUUUGUAUUAUUCUCCCAUCCUUUUACUGAUGGUACUUCUACUAUCAUGGUAUACCAGGCAGUUUUGUAUAGCUCAGAUCUGGCAGUCACACAUCUUAAAUAAAAAACAAGGGAAACAUUCUGUCCAACUGUUGAUAAUAAAAUAUAUGUAAUAAGUUUGAUUUUCUCUCAAAACACACUGGGCUAUGAAAAUACCUUGACAUUUUAAAUUAAUUAUUUACCUUCAUGAAGAAAUGUCCAGGUCACAUUUC